AUGAAUGACAUUAAAAAGCUGUACUGCAGAUUUGUUACCGGGAUGACUGUUGAAUUGGAUAUCAAGCCAGAUACAAGAACUGUAUUAUAAUUGAAGCAACAGCUUGCUGAGAUUAUUAAUUUAACUUCUGAUAGGUUAUAUAUUGGAUUUGAAACCUCACUUUUGGAAGAUAAUGAUUAUCUAAGAGACAAAGGAAUAACGGAUUGCGAUACUGUUCAUGUGAUUACCUCUUAAUUGACUGAAAAAAUAUGUUAUAGAAAUAAGAAAUGA